UUCUACAACAGACCGAGCACUAAACACAAAAACUAAUCAAAAGAAAAGAAGUAGGAAGGGGCAGAAACUGGAGAUAAAAGACAAAUCCAUGGGACACCAAGUUACAGGGAAUUAAAGUGUAUUAAUAAAAAUACACCAAAUACAAACAUGAAUCUCUUUUGGCAUCAUAACAGCUUUGAACUCAGUUCCCAGUCACAAAGUCUCUUUAAUGCUGGGAUGCACAAAGGACGCAGGACUUCAAUCAGCGGUUUAAAAUCAUGGGUGUAAGUUGGAGAAAAGAACAGCAAUUUUAAAAGAAUUGGUCUUCAAGGAACGAUAGGGCCCUGUUCCUCCAUAAAGAGGACACUCAGCGGGCCAAGAAACACAGAAGCCAUGCCAUGAACUUUGAAGAGGAGAUCCAGCACAUCCAGGACUUCCUCAAAUUCUGAGGUGCUGCCUCAACCUGCUGAGUUCCUUUAGUACAUUGCUCAAGAUUUCCAACACUAGCAGAAUGUCCUGUAUCUCUGUAUCUGUUGUUCUGGCUUAGAUGAUCGUAUAAUCUUCCUCCAAAACGUAUGAAUUGAUGUUUACUUGGGCCUGAACCAAUCCAAUGUGAGUUUCUCAAGUCCCGGCAAACCUUCGACCAGAGCGUGAUUUGGAUUUAAGUGAGGGAGAGCUGCGCAGCAUCAGCCUCACUCUCUCCUCUCAGUUCCCAUCUGGAUCCAGUGGCAAGACAGAGUCGAGACGGCUGGAGAUGGGACUAGGCGCAGUGGAUGACCAGGACGAUUAUGAUUGUGCCUGUUGGUUCAAGAACCAAAUGUUUGAAGCUUUGCACAAAUAAAGAAUUAAAACCAGGAACAUUAUCUGUGAUAUACUUCAUUUAAUUCAACUGGCAAUGAGAAGGACAUUGAAACAUCAAUCAAAGUCAUCCAUUUGCCACUCAGAUGUUUGAAGCUUAUUGUCCAUUCCAUCAUGAUAUGGAAACGUAAACGAUGUCUACACCGUUUCUGUUUAACCCUUGCCCUGAGUUGUGCCACCUGUUUAUUACUGAAGAUCUUUAUCAGAGAGGGCCUUAUGCUUAAUGAUAGCCGCCCUCCUACUAUCGGUGCUUGUGAUAAAAAGUUGGAAGUCUCCACAGAACUACCUUAUGAUGUGAACUGUACUGCGCUUUUGCAAGGGGACGGAAAUGCAUUCAAGAGAAGCCAAUUUUUAAAGGCACGGUAUAACGCUAUAAGGCACAAUGACUCUUAUUUUACUAACGUCAAAUACAAUUGUGAAAAUUUCAUAAGAAACAGGAAGUACAUCACACUUCCUCUCAGUGAAAAUGAGAAACUAUUUCCAAUUGCCUACUCCAUAGUCACUCAUGAGAAAGCUGACCAGUUUGAAAGAUUAUUGAGAACAAUCUUCGCACCACAGAAUAUUUACUGUGUGCAUAUCGAUGACAAAUCAUCCACUAACUUCAAAACUGCGAUCCGCAGCAUUGCAUCCUGUUUCCCAAACGUUUUUAUUGUGAAGAGAUUGGAGAAUAUUGUUUAUGGCUCUUGGUCCAGAGUUCAGGCAGACCUGAACUGCAUGGAGGAACUGCUGGCGAGACAUCUGACCUGGAGGUAUUUCAUCAACUUGUGUGGCAUGGAUUUUCCCAUCAAAACCAAUUCAGAGAUUGUCCACCAAUUACAGGUGUUGAAAGGAAGGAAUAGUUUAGAGUCUGAAGUAACUUCAGUGAAGAAGCAGAUGCGCUGGAAGUAUCAUUUUGAGGUGAUCAAUGGCAAAAUAUUAAAGACAAAUAAGCUCAAGCAAUCACCUUUCACCACUAUAUUCUCAGGUAGUGCCUACAUGGUGGUUAGUAGAGCAUUUGUUGAACACAUCUUCAAAGACCCAAAGGCAAAGCAAUUAAUGGAAUGGUCAAAAGAUACAUAUAGUCCUGAUGAGUUCAUCUGGGCCACUCUGCAGAGGAUGCCUGGUGUCCCUGGUUCUGAGCCCUCACAUCCCAAGUAUGAUGUAAGUGACAUGAGGUCAGUAGCCAGGUUGGUGAAGUGGAAAUAUUUUGAAGGCGAUGUGAGGCAAGGGAAGCCCUACCCAUGGUGCACUGGUUCCCAUCGAAGGUCAGUCUGUAUUUAUGGAGUGGGCGACCUCAGCUGGCUACUUCAACAACAUCAUCUGUUUGCAAAUAAAUUUGAUGUUGAUAUGGAUCCUAUAGCCCUCGAUUGCCUGGAGCAGCAUAUUCGACAGAGAACUCUGCUGGGCUGUACCCCAUAAAGUUUUGUCAUGGAGUCAAAGGGCAGGGAAACAGGCCCUUCAAUCACCACGCCACGCCAACCAUCAAGUGGCCCUUUACACUAUUACUACGCUAGCUUUAUUACAUCCUCCCUGAUUCCGAUCAACUCACCCAGCCCCAGACGCUACCGCUCCACUCUACACUAGGUGCAACUUACAGUGGUCAAUUAACCCAUUGACCACCAUGUCUUUGGAUGUGAUAGAAAAUCGGAGCGAUCAGAAAACACAGCCGGUCAUAGGGAGAACAUACAAAUCCCACACAAAUAGUGCCAGAAGUCAGGAUUGAACUUGAAAUGCUGGAUCUGUGUAGUUGCUGCUCCACUGCCUGCAGUAAUGUGCCACUUGCUAGUGACACCACUUGGAGUUUUUAUUACUUUUAAGCCCAGGAAGUACCUUCAAACCGGAUCUACAAAAUAACUUACAAACUAAACUCCUUGCAAAGUGGGAUUGUUAUGUAGCCAUGUAGUUACUACAGGAUACUGGAACAGUGCAUUUUAAAUUGUGAACCUGUAUUACGUCACACAGUCCAGACGCAAACACCCUUCACUCAAUCUAGAAAUGUCAGCAGCUGCAAUAAUUUCAUCCUGUUCUCAUUUUGACCCCUGGACCUUUGGCUUCCUACACAGUUCCAACAAAACUCAAUGACUCAUCUCAUGUGACUGGGCACUACAGAACUCUGGACUUAACACAGACUUAAUACAACUUCUGUAUCUUUGCUGACCAGGGAUUUGAUGGAGGUACCAUCCUUGAUAUUGCUUCAGCACUGUUCUGGGUUUCUAUCAGUGGGACAAGCAAACGCCAAAUGGAAUGUAAAAGGAAUAAAGGUAUUUCACGAACUGUAUCAAUAUCUGAAAAUAUCAGAGAAGGAGAAAUAAAUAUCAAAAAGGAAGCAUAAGGAAUAGCACAAAAGCAUUGCAAGUGGAAACAGAAAAUAUGAGUCCUUUAUGUAGAAAGACUAAAUUGACUGGUAUUUUAAUUAAUAAGUAUCUACUUCGGAGGAAACGUUACAGGAACUGUGUUGCAAUCAAUGUUACUUUGGUAAUUAAUUUAAUCUGUUAGUGAUCAGUGCUGUUAACAAUGAUUUGAACAUUAAUAAAGAAAUAUUGUUUCAAUAAUCGGAAAGAAAUGGUUAAUGUGUUCAUUCAGUAGUUUCUACAGAUACUGAUGAAUGCUGGUGACAUAACUGUGAACAUAUACAAAACUCUUCUUAUAAUCUAGUUUUGAUUAUUAAAGUUAUGCAUCAGUUUCUUUUGGGUGUUAUUU